GCUAUAUUGCUUGCUUUAUUUUGUCCAAGUAUUAAAAUCGUUUAAAUAAAUUAUUAUUAAAUAUAUUCAUUUAUAAACACUUUCGUGGUUCACAGCUUCUUCAUGUAAUAUAGUUAUUAAAGUAGUAAAUCAUUUAUAUUAACUAUGAGUUCGGAGGAGUUACAAACUUCUUUAAAACAGUAUACUGAGCAGCUUCAAAUGAUCAAAGAGGCACUUAAAGUAGCUGCUGAUACUGAAAAGGAGUCUUUAUUCUCUCUGGAAUCAGAUCUGCAGCAGCUAAUAGAACUAACCAAAGAAAGUAUAGAAGCAACUCUUUCUAAGGAGCCGCAUGUAGAAAAACAUACAGACAAGAAGCCUGCUGUACAAGAUACUAACAGCGAGUUGGAUGAUGAAUAUGCUUUAUUUAUGCAAGAGAUGGCUAAAACUGGUGCUUAUGAAGAAAAUACAAAACAAACACCAGAGUGUUCUGAUGAUAAAAACAAUCCAGAUGAGAGUGGUGAAGAAAGUGAUAUAGAGGAUGAGCUGGCAACAUUGCUGGGAAUGAAAUGUGCUGUGUACCACACACACCGGUGGGGCGGCCAGCCCACUCUGUACAAUGCCAUGGUCAGCACAGUUGAACCUCGUCAGGAUGAUGACCAAUUCAAAGACCUGCAGGUGCGGGUAUUAUUUACUCACCCGACACAUGCAGAGAUGCUGCCGUGCCCAUACUUUCUGGAUGGAGAGUGUAGAUUUAGUGAUGAACAAUGUAGAUAUUCCCAUGGAGCAAUUUUUCCAUUAUCAAGUUUGAAAGAAGCCAUUGAACCUAACUUUGAAUCAGUGAAGAUUGGAAGCAGAGUGCUUGUGAAGCUCAAGCCACCUGAAGGAGAGGAUAUAAGUUUAGCACGAAAGUCUACAGAAAAAUACCUUUUAUGGCACCGAGCAGUGGUGAAAAGUAUUGAAGAGGAGAAAAGAACAUGCCUGCUGAAGCUGGAGCAAGCGCUUAACACCGGGGAGAAGAAGAAAGCUAUCAGCGACGAGUUUACAGUCGCGUUUGAAGAGAUAUUCCCUUUGAAAGACGACGCAGCAUCAGACUCGGACUCUGAAGACAGCCUGAGCGAUACAGAGUACCCAGAAAGUAAAGUCAAUAUUUCGACCACGGACAACCAAACCCUUUUGAUAGACAGAAGCUUGCAGACCAGUGGCCCGCCCUUGGGCGAAUGGGAGCGACAUACUAGAGGUAUAGGUUCCAAGCUGAUGCUGGCGAUGGGCUACGUGGCGGGCGCGGGGCUGGGCGCGCGCGGCGGCGGGCGCGUGCUGCCCGUGGAGGCGCGCGCGGGGCCGCCGGCGCGCAGCCUCGACCACUGCAUGGAGAUGGCUGAGAGGGAGAGGGAAAGAGACCCGUUGAAGGUGGAACAAAAACUGAAGAGAAUGCAGAAGAAAGAAGAAGAGCGAAACAAGAGAGCGUACGAGAGGGAGAAAGAGAGGGAGCGACGCAACGUGUUCAACUUCCUGAACAACACACUUGGAGACAAGUCCGCCUCCGAGCCCACCACAGCCAAUCCCAUGCCAGACAUAAAACAAUCGACGAGCAAAGAUUUGAAUAUAGAACAAUUCAAAGUAAAUGAAGAGACAAAACGUUUAGAAAGGGAAAUAGUGAAACUGAAUAGUUCUUUACAAAGACAAACCGCUGGCUCUAGUGGUCAUCGCGGUAUCAAUGUGCAGCUCGCUGAGAAAAAUAAAGAACUGAGUGUACUCAGAAAUAAGGAGCAGCAAAUAGCGAAAGAGCAACGACAUAGACAAGAUAAACAAAAGAUGACCGUGUUUUAGAUUAUUAUAACUAUAGAGUCAUCUAAAUACAUCUUAAACUGACAUAGUUAUUUUAUCAGACGCAAUCGAAAUGUAAAUUGAUUCAAGAGAUUGUUUUGUUGUUGAAUGUAUGUAUUUAUUUACAUAUUAAUUAAGUUAAUAAACUAACACCAUAUUUUAACUCUCUGUAUUUUUCUUUCAUAGCUUAUCUAAGAAGUUUAGGUAAAUGAUUAAAUAAAACACUUCAGAUAAUUACAAAUUUCUCUAUUUACAUAUGUGAUGUUUUAGUUUAAAAUAAGCGUACAUGGCGUAAAAUUACAAACAAUAUAUGAAAUAUUUUUUUAUAAAUUAGAUAUUUGUACUAUUAAACACAAUAUUACAAAGUACUUAUACAUUGUUAAUGGGUUGUAAAUGUGUGACUAGCAAAUAAUAUUUGCUGAAAUACAAUUUCUAAGUUUAGUAGCAGUGGGUCGUGUUGUGAAAACUUAAAUUUAUUAUUAAUCUACAAUGGUACCUAAUUUAGGUAAUUAAAAUCGAGACUUCAGGAGCCUAAAUCAAUUAAUUAAUUAGCAAGCAUUCCUUACAUAACUCGUAAUUUUAGGGAAAUAGAACGAACCUUAACUUCAUAGUUAACUAGUAGCAGAUUAAAAGAAACUAAAACCAGUGUAACAAUUUAGCUUU